AUGAGAAACGCCAUUGGAAGGGCGUUGCUUGGUUAUCAAUCGCUCAGAUGGCGACUUGCCGGUAACGCUUCGAGGAAAGCAGAAUGGAUAUUUCGAAUAGCUGUGAUAUUUCUAUGUGUUCUAUGCGGAUUUGCAUGGUAUCAACGGACAAUCAACAUGUGGGCGCUGAAAAAUAUUGGUGAUACUUUCCUCUCUAAGGAUAUUGGAACACGACAGAUUAUACUUGGUGUAUUUCAUCGUCCGAAAAAUGAACAAAAUGUAGACGGAAAAUUUGCGGUUGUUUCCAUUUUCAUAGUAUCACACGCUACUGUACAACGCAUCCAUCGUGGUAAAAGAGCGGCUUCUGACAUUUGCUCUUGGGCAGGACAUAUCGCCGAAUGCGAGUUGGAGGUCCAUGCCUUUAAGGAAUUUAGAAUUGGAACCACUCCAGAAGUUGAAGAUUCUAUGAGGAUCACUCCAGAACAAGCGCUAAAAGAACCUCGUCACGAUUUGGUCGUAUGCAUGGCGCCUAUGUAUAUUUAUACUGACUGGGAAACACUCCUUGUCGGAAUUGAGACGUGGAUCGCGCUUGGAGCUACGAAAAUUGUUGUCCCAGUACAAUCGACAUCAACGUCCUGCUACAAAAUUCUAAAGGAAUACGAAAAGAAAGGUUUGGUUAUAAUCCGACCAUGGCCUAAAUGGCCGGUUUUAUCCGACUCUAAUCCUAAUGGACUUGUUCUAAGCAGAGGUAUUGAGGAAUCGCAUGUGAAUUGUUUAUUUUUCGCAAAACCAUGGGCGAAUAUGAUUGCCUUUUCCGACAUCGAUGAUAUCCUACUUCCAACAGAUCCCAUAAACAUCAAAGCAGGGAUUAACGUGGAUAUUCUCAAGACUAUUUUUGCCGAGCAUCCACAAGCAGGAUCAUUACUUUUCGAACACCGCGACGUUCAAUUCCAACUUCCGGAUCAAGACAAUGCACCAAACACACUAGCAAAGUUCAAUUUCGACUUUCUUACCAAAUCCAAACACAAGAUGAACUGCAAUGUAUGGCGAAUGAAAACCCGGGUUGUAGUGAAUGCAAGUCGCGUAGACUCUGUCAACAUGCAUGAAACGGGUAUUCAUCGCUUCGGAUACGUACAGACAAGAGUUCCAUGUAGACAAGCACAUUUCUAUCAUCUACGACAUUCUCAUCAUACAGUGUCGAACCCGGUGAACAUCGAUAUGUCAAUCUUGGCCGCAACGCUCAACAGACAAUGGUACUCCAGACUAGAAUCUUUCAAAGACUUCAAAAACGUCGCUCUCAACAAGUCCAGCACAGAAUCAUUUGAAGAUUUCGAUCGGUGCAUGGGUGCAAUAAACGAUGAACAUUGGACCUUGCGUGUGAGUCGAUGUCUAACACCACACGUGUGCUUCAGUCGUCUGAAACGAGACGUUGACUGCAUAGGAUCUCGAGCUGAGUAUGACUUCUUCCGAUCAGGAGCCGGUUACUUCUUACAAACAACGAAUGUAACAAUGACUACAUCCGAUCCCAAUUGUGAAGCUCCAGUGCCGCAACUUGUUUCUGGAAAUCAUUACUUUGCCCCGUAA